UCCAAUCCUCAACCCAUGGCAGAGAACAAGCCGUACCGCUAUGGACUCAUCAUUCUGGGGAUGGCGUUGGUGGCGUUGGGUAUGUUCUUGAUGGCUGUGGAGGAGCUACAGGUGUUUGCCACGUUCUGUUCUAUAGGGGUCCUAAUGAUGGGCUUGGGAGUCGUCUGGUCCGUGUGUCAAUGUUACCCCAGGGUGAUUUUAAUAGUACCAGAAAAAGAAGAGCUUUGUGGGGCUGGAAAACAGGAUUGGUGUGCAGGAAACUCGGAUGAAAAAAGUCCAACAAAACCAAUAAGAGCUCCCUUGGCUGGCUUUUCUGAUGAAGAAGUUGAAAUAUCAGUAGAUCCACAACGCCAUGCAGAGAACAAACACAAUGAGCAUGCCAUUGUCCCCCACACCUCUCAAAGCUCUUCCGGCAAGCACCUAACCUGCUCCAGCACCCCACUGCCAGAUAAAGGAACUGCAGGACCAGAUUCUGAAAAAGAGAUGUAUUAUGGAAACGUAGAGGACUCAUGCUACUACAAAUCUGAGCUGGACAGUGAAUAAUUCCUGUUGCUAUAUGUCUAAAUUAACAACCACAUUAUUUAACAUUUGCUAGACACUUAGGUUAUCAUUCAUAUUUAAAUUAGUUUUAACUUAUAGCAUUUUCAUUUUUGUGUGAAUUGUCCCUUUAAUGAUAAAAAUAAGAGAUCAGCCUAUCAGAGGCAUGUUUAUGGCUCAAGUUCUGGUCUUGACUUUGUCACAAGCAUAUGAUAAAUGCUCCACUCUCAGGAAAAUAAGGUUGGAAAGUUUAAACAUUAGGUGACAAAAUAAAUACAAUGGUGACCUUUAAUCAUAUAUUACCAUGGAGAGGACAUUGAGAGAGGAACCGCCUGGAAUGUCCAGCUCUGGGUAUUUAUAUGUGACUGUGCUGUUUCCAAAUAAAAGACUUUCAGCACAAGCUCUCAGCCAAGAGAGAUAGAAAGCAGGAAUAUUAGAACAAAUUGAACAGCGCUGAUACAACCAUAUCAAUUCAGAUCAGUUAAAUGCAGUAUUUGUAGAACUGUAUUACUUUAAACUCUCAGAGAUAUUUGAUGAGCCGGUUAUAGAUAUUUUAGUGAUGUAAAACUGCAUUUUGGAACUGGUAGAGCAUGGCGCUAGCAAUGCCAAAAUGAUGGGUUCAGUUCCCAGGGAACACACAGAAAAUGAAUAUGAUUUUUUUUUCUUUUCUUCCAGUAAUAUGAGCAUGGGAGGAUUAAGUAAAAUUGACAAUAGUGAAUGUUUUUUGAGUGUACAGUAAGUUGCUUUGGAUAAAAUCAUAUGCCAAAUGCAUAAAUGUUAAAAUAUGGACUGAACAGUAAAUCAUAAUCAUCCAGGCCAUCCAUAAAUGAUGUGCUGCGUACCACACACAGACUGAAUAUAGACCCAGAUUUACAUUUCUGUCUCUUUCAAAAAAGUAAUCAGAUUAAACUGUAAGAGUUUAUUCGAACAGUGACUGACAGUUUGUCAACAAGUGUCCAGCAUACAUGGGUACUCCUUCAGUACUGUUUAAAAAGCAUGUCAGAUGUAUACCUCAAGAAGUUGCCUGAGAGAAUAAAAAAUGGGCUUUAAUCUAGACAAAUAGUGGCAAUUUAAGAUUACUAUAUUAUAUGGUCUUUAUUUGUUGACAUUUUUUUUUUUUUUUGUCACUAAAUAAAUCAUGAGCA